AUGGCCGAUGAUCUUUAUGAUGUGUCUCAGUGGCAGUUUAGUACAACGUGGCUAUAUCUCCCGUGUACAGAAGAAUACUGGAACAGACCCGACCAGUUUCAGAGAGCUAUUGAUGAUAUUGAUACCUUAACCUACGCGAUCUACAACUACAAUCCCGCCAUUCCCCCUACUAUGCGUGGUGUUUUGCUUGCGGUUUAUCACCCGCUGAAUUAUGAUACAACUUCUAUCCUGGCCAUUGCACGCGGCGAUCUAGUCAACUAUCAGUAUGCCGCCGCAGGACAGCCCGGGUUAAUGGGACCCAGCCAGUCGACCAUAUGUCUCCCGCUUAACGAAUCGACCAUAUAUCUCUCGCUCACCGAGGACGAUAUUAUGGACAUCAGCGAAGACGCGAUUAUGAGCACGGAUAUUCAAUGA